ACACGACAAAAAGUAGCGCUGACAAGAACAACAACAACAACAACCACGCUGCUCAGUUCAGCCAGCCAACCAACCCUGCUUGCUUUGGCUGUCCUGUGUUGUGUUGUGCUUGCUCGUUGAUGUUGAGCAUUGCUGUGUAUGGGUGCGACACGCUCACGCCACAGAGUAUCAGCAGCCAACCAAGCCCCAAGCGCCCCCCAAAACAGAGCAAAGGCGUCAGCUGACCAGCAGCGAUCAGCAGCACACCAAGCAACUUCCUCAAACAAUAACGAUGACGAUGAGCUUAAGGAGAACCACUCUCCACAGUGCUCAGCACAGCCAAGACACAACAACACCUCACCAGCACAGGAGAAGAGGAACAGGGACAACAAGGAGAGCCAGUGGAACAGACAAACCAAGGGGAACAGAGAGAGCAAGGGGAACAGAGAGAGCAAGGGGAACAGAGAGAGCAAGUGGAACAAGGAGAAGAGUAUUGUCACUCUCAACGAUAACCAUGACAACAACACCAAAUAUGGCAGUGGUGUUGGUGCUGGUGCUGGCAGCAGCGGCUGUCGGGGCUCAUGGCUCAGGUGCCAAUGCCGCUGUGGGUGAUGAUAGCAGCGGGUCGCUCGUCUUCCAUGCCAGUAGCAGCCAGCUGCUCUCUGCACACUCGCUGGUGCACACGCUUGGCUCGGUCGGCGACAGCACCACCAGCGGCGGCGGCAGUGGCGGCACAAGCGGCAACGGCGCCAACACCGUGUCCAGCGCCGAGCAGCGGCGCGGGUGGGCCAACGCCCUGCGUGAGUUCCGGGACAAGCAGAUCCCAGACUACCCGAGCGAGCGCUUCCAGGGCCGCGGCAUUGUCAUGACCGCUGGGCGGCGCACGUACUUCACGGCGGCGUACGUGAGCAUCUCCGUGCUGCGCAAGAAGGCCAAGUCGAAGCUGCCAGUGGAGGUGUUCUACGGAGGCGCGGACGAGCUGCCGCAGGUCGCCAUCGACUACAUGGAGGCCAACUUUGAGAAUGUGCGGUUCAUCGACCUGACCGCCAUCCCGCAGGCACAGGGUGUGGACAUCUUCGGGUACCAGAUGAAGGCGCUAGCCAUCUACUUCUCCUCCUUUGAGGAGGUCUUGUGGCUGGACUCAGACAACAUGCCCGUAACCGCGCCCGAAAAGCUCUUUGACUCGGCCCUCUACAAGCAGCACGGCGCCGUGCUCUGGCCUGAUGUGUGCAACAUGAUUUCGCUGCGAGAGGAGACAUUUGAAGUGUUUGGGCAAACCGCCCCUUCCCCAUACCCACAGCCACGUGAAGGCAAGCGGACAAUCUGGCCACCUGUUUGCUAUUCGCAAGUAAUGACAGAAGUGGAGACGGGCCAAGCCCUCAUCAACAAGAAGCGCCACUGGACUGCCAUCAACACGAUUUACUACAUCAACGCCAAUGCACACUUCUUCCUGAAGCAACUCUUCCACGGCGACAAGAUGACCUUCCACUUUGGUUUCGUGGCCGCAGAUGCGACGUACGGGCGUGUGCCGUUUGCGCCAGCAUCCCUUGGCGUGGCACAAAAGGGGAAGAACGGAGUCAUGACCUUCUGUGGAAACACGCUCGGCCAGAAGCACCCGGACAAAGACAUCAUCUUCUUCCUGCAUCGCAACUCGGCCAAGUUCCGGGACGCCAGCUCAUACUUCCUCACGGGCCCGCCAAAACCCGUCUGGACACACAUGGCACAACAAGGCGAGCGGGACCCGUGGCAGCUCGUCUUCCGCGGAGAACUCCCAGACGCCUUCUUCGCGGGCAGCGACGCAAACACACACCAGGAAUGCCUCUCUCCCAACCCUGGCAAGGCGGAGAUCAAGCCUGCGUCGUCCAAGCUGCGCAAGUUUGAGGCACUCCUGUUUGAAUAUCUGCAGGAGUUGCGUGACCUUCCCUUCUACCCCGGUUACCGUCGCUGCAAUGCUGCCAACAUGUUCUUCUGUAAACACCCAUAAACGUCGCCAUGCGCUGUGCUGUGCUCUGUGCUGUGUGUGCGUGUGUGUGCGUGUGUGUGCGUGUGUGU